GACAGCUCAGUCUAUAUGUUGGUAUUGCAUAGUAAGCACACUCUCAUCACAGAAACCUUGGCUGUCCAUGGACACAUAUGUGUGAUGUGAGGGUGUUAAAGGAGAAGUACAAAGCUGUUUUUGGUGUAAUUCUCCUGUGGAUCACAGGAGUGCAGUUCGUUCUGUACCCCUGUGAUCAGGGGCAGACUGACCAUUGGGGAACUCGGGCACUGCCCAAGGGCCCGGGGUCAGUACGGGACCCCAUGAGAUGCUUUUUUGGGUGUUCUUUGAGUGUGGGCAAGGACACAGGGGCCCCAUGAUCCCCUAUUGCCCGGGGGCCCCAUGA